GAAGGCCCUCUCAUAGCUGCUCUGAAACCACAACAAAGCACGACCUCUGGUGGGCCACAGCUGAAUGCACGCAUUCUAGUGCUCUUGAGACUGUAUUGUACCUCCAUGCUGCCUCCCUCUCCGGUCCUAGUAACCACAAUGGCCAGGCACGUAUGAGGGAGCUGCCUCUGUCAGUACGGUAGACGCGCCUCACAGCAGCGCAGCGGAUUCACUGUGACCGAGACGCAGGUGAAGGAAUAUGACACACUUCUGAGAAAAAGGUCAAUGUGGCUACCGAAGCAGCUCUCUGGGGUUGUUGUCAGUCGUUGUGGAUUCCUGAGGCCUGUCUCUAUAGCAACCCUUUCCUCCUCUUGAGGACUGCUGCCAACUUACCCUCCCUGCCACAAGACAAAUCUCUCCUCAUCCCCCUGGCCAAUAGCCGGCUCUGAACUGCGUUGGAAUGGACACUGAGUCGACCCACUCGGGCUACUCCUAUCACUCCAGCCGCUCUGGGAGAUCAAACCGACAUGGAGAUCGAAGCCGUGAGCGGCACAAGGCCAGCAGCAGUAAAGACAGCAGUCGCUCUGAGAGGUCCGUCGUUAUAAAUCCUCCUGACACGCCCUCCCAAGAUUCCCCAGUUCAUAAUGGAGAGCCGCUGCCAGGAGAACCCACACCAGCAGCAGAUCAUGGAGACGAGGGCCAGGAUGAUAACUGGGGAGAAACCACCACCGCGGUGACCGGCACCUCAGAGCUGAGUAUUUCCCAGGAGGAAGUUGUUGGCCUGGGUAAAGGCUUACAGGACCGGACCCAAGGCUUCCGACGCUAUCUUCCCUUGGCUGUGGGCCUGUGUGUGGGGCUGGUGGUUGUGGCGACACCCCUGGUUUUCUUGCUUCUUCCGGCGAUAAUGUGGCCAGACAGACUACAAGCUUGUGGGGCAGCCUGUGAGGGCCUCUUCCUCUCUAUCUCCUUUAAGCUCCUCAUCCUCUUAAUAGCCAUUUGGGCCCUGUUUCUCCGCCCGGGCCGCGCUAGCCUGCCCAGAGUGUGUGUGUACCGUGCCUUCCUCACCACACUCACACUCCUGCUCACCAUGUCUUAUUGGCUCUUCUAUGGGGUCCGCAUCCUCGAUGCACAGGAUGAGGACUACCAUGGUGUUGUCCAGUUUGCCGUGUCCCUCGUGGACUCACAGUUAUUUGUCCACUAUCUGGCUGUGGUGCUGCUGGAGCUCCGCCACCUCCAACCCUGCUACAGCGUGUGUGUCAUCCGCUCCACUGACGGAGAAACGCGUCACUACAACAUAGGACAGCUCAGCAUUCAGAGGGCUGCUCUGUCCAUUUUGGAGUAUUACUACAGAGAUUUUCCACUUCAUAACCCAGCCCUUCUUUCGGCCUCCAAGCACCGGGCUGCCAAACACCUGGCUGGGUUAAAGGUCUACAACGUAGACGCCCCAGGGAGCACAGCAGGGGCGCAGCCUGGUAAUGGGAAUCAGUCCCGGGCAAUGGUUGCAUCUGCCGCCAAGCACAAAGACAGCGCCCACAAUGAGCUGUACUAUGAAGAGGCCGACUACGAGAGAAGAGUCCGCAAACGUAGAGCCAGGCUGGUUGUGGCUGUGGAGGAGGCCUUCACACAUGUUCGGCGCAUGAAGAAAGAGGAUGAGCGUGCUACUCCCUCUGACAUCAUGGAUGUCCGUGAAGCAGCUCUGGCCAUAUUUCCCUCCAUGGCCCGUGCCCUGCAGAAGUACCUCCGCACCACCAGGAGGCAGCACUGCCACAGCAUGGAGAACAUCCAGAAGCACCUCUCGUUCUGCCUCAUCAAUAACAUGAGCCCAAAGGCCUUCCUCGAGGCCUACCUGGCCCCUGGUCCGACCCUGCAGUACGGCCCUGAGCGCUGGAUGGCUGACCAGUGGACUUUGGUGAGCGAGGCAUCUGUAACUGGCGGCAUAAAGGAGGGGACAGAGUUCCUGCUGAGGUGUCUCGACUUUAGCUUAGCUAUCACCGUCAAGAGCAUCCCUUACAUCCGACUGACUGAGGAGUACGUCGACCCCAAAUCACACAAGUUUAUACUGCUGCUCCAAUCAGAAACCUCAGUUUAACAGACCCAGUGUGCUGGUGCCGCUUAUCUGGACUUACAUGACUGUUAUGAUUACUCGACUGAAUUUUUCAAAAAUAGCUUUUUGUACUGUUUUUUGUACUUAUGUUCAUGUCCUUUGCUUACAUAGAGUAUCUUUGUGUUUCCUUGUCUUUGUCCCGGGAGACGUGAAAGAUGAUGAAAGACAGAAAACAGGAGGGAAUAUGCUUGGAUUUCUCUGUCUUGACAUUUGCAGAACACAGUUCAGGUAUUCCUCUAUGCACUACAGAAGACCCUCACAAAUUUUCCUCUUUUAAUUACACGUGCCAGUGUGUGCCUGCACGGAAGAAUUCAUGAUUUAGGGGGAGUGUGUGAUUUAGGAUGCAAAAGUGUGUGUGUGUGUGUGUGUGUGUGUGUGUGUGUGUGUGUGUGUGUGUGUGUGUGUGUGUGUGUGUGUGUGUGUGUGUUGUGUUGAGUGUAGUGCACACCCGGGAUCUGACUCAACUUGUCUCCUCUCUCUUAGCGUUACCAUAGAUACAUUUUCCAAAAGCCUGGUUGCAAAGUGAUAUAAACUGAACCCUUUUCAUCCAAAACUGCUCUUUUUCAGUCUUAGCAAUGAUUAUUUAACAUGUCAUGUAUUACACAUGUAUGUACAGUAUUUAUAUGUGAAUAUACUUUAUCCCUCCAGACUUUUUUAUAUCAACAUUGUGCAUUGCCUGAAUGAUUUUUUUUAACCUUGUGAAAGAUUUUUUUACCAUGUCUGUCCGCGCUGUAUUUGUGGAGAUAACUGGACUGUAAAUAGCUGAAGACGUCUUUGUAAAUGUCAGACAAAUCACUGGAAUCUCUCGGACUGAAAGCCAACCACAGUACAGCUGAAUACAGACGAUCUAGCCAAGAGAUUGUGAGCUAAUACGUCUUACUAUUUGUUAUAUUUGGGUUUGUACAGUUAAGUGUGUGCAGUGUACACAGAUCUUUGUAUUAGCCAGAAGAAAGACUCAGUGUUAGGACUGUGAGGUUCAUGUGAUUGACCUUUUUUAUAUCUCACGUUAAAACUGUCACUGUUGUGAUGUUUCAUUUCAGGACAUAAACUUUAACCCAUCAUUAAGGGGGUCCAUUAUUACAGAACUUCUCUGCAUAGCAUAAAUUCUGUCAGACAAGUGAAAUAUGCUGAGCCAUGAGGUUCUCAGCUGCAUAAGACAAAGCCUAUAAUAUAUGAAUAUUUAAAACCAGGUUUCAGGAGCUUUUUCAAAAGAUUUGACAUAGAAUCCUUCUUCAAAAUUAACAGUCAUUUUACUCAAGCUGGCAAAUGUUUAAACAAGAAAAUCAAUCAUUUAGUGUCAGUAUUUCGGCUGUCAGUAUUUUAUCUGUGGACACUACUGCCACCUAUCUACCACUACUGGAAUAGGAACACUGUCCUUCAGCAUCAAUCAAACUAUUAAUUAUCUGUAUUUUUAAAUCCUCUUUAUUUAUGAGGCCCUUUAUGUUGUAAAUUCAUAUUUACACAAGUGUUAUUAUUGUCACUGACGGUGUAGAAUAGGAUUUUAGAGUGUUGCUGGUUGUAAAUACUUCUUCUGUUUUCUUGACUACACAUGUGCCUCAGUUAAACAUAUUAAGGAUGUGCUCAGCAUACAUGUGCAGUUUUCUUCUGUAUGUGUGAGUGUGUGUGUGAGAGAGAGAGAGAGAAAGAGAGAAGGGGAACAAAAUGAAGAGAAGAGACUGAUUUCCCAAAUUGUCCCUGUCUUCUUUUUUUUCUUUUUUUUUUACAACAGAACAUGUAAAAUCACAGCAGCUGUGUCAA